AUGAGAUUAAGGAACGGGAAUAUAAUAGAUUCCAUGGCGGUCGGGGACAAAGCAGAGGCGAGCACAGUAGGGGCUGAUCGUUUCCUGGAAAUCCCGUUCACUCCAAAUCAAGGGGAAUUAGACGAUGGCGGAGUUGGGAAAGAACGGUCGAAAGUCGGCAAGAAAUGGAAGAGCAGAAUCUCCAAAGAUGAAGUAGAAGAGGUGGCUAGCGGCGGUGGAGCGACCUGGAAGACAAUGUCGGCAGUAGUGAAAGGCGGUGGAAGAUCUUAUUAG